AGAUUUAAUGAAAGUCCAUAUGGGGGAGCUGCUGAGUUGCUUUCACCAGAGAAAGCUCCUGGUUGUUCUCCAAUGUGGCUGUAUUUUCCUUUUGUGUAUGCAUUUUUCUCUUGGGCGGAAAUAUUGUCGUUACCCAUCUAAAUGCACUGAAUCCUUCUCAGCUUUGUUUUCCCUCUGAUGGAAGAAUCCACAGCAUCUCUUAGCACGACCAAAAGAUAAUCCCUGAAAAUAUGAACUUGGCAACAUUCACAAAAUCCUGGAUACUUUGGGGUUGUGCUGCCAUUAGAAAAACUGGCUUCACUCUGAGAGGAAAUGCUUCAUCUACAGCAAAGAGAAUGCCAAGGACUGAAAUGAGAUUGCCUUCUGGAGGAUCCCUAUCAUGAAUCGAUACACAACUAUCAAACAGCUGGGAGAUGGGACGUAUGGCUCUGUCCUCCUAGGAAGAAGUAUUGAAUCAGGAGAGCUUAUUGCCAUUAAGAGGAUGAAGAGGAAAUUUUAUUCCUGGGAGGAAUGCAUGAAUCUUCGUGAAGUCAAGUCCUUGAAGAAACUUAACCAUGCCAAUGUAGUGAAACUAAAAGAAGUUAUCAGAGAAAAUGAUAAUCUGUACUUUGUAUUUGAAUAUAUGAAAGAAAACCUUUAUCAGUUAAUGAAAGAAAGGAACAAAUUGUUUCCAGAAUCCACUGUCAGGAAUAUUAUGUAUCAGAUUCUUCAAGGCCUUGCAUUCAUACAUAAACACGGUUUUUUUCAUAGGGACUUAAAACCUGAGAAUCUCCUUUGCAUGGGACCAGAACUUGUGAAAAUAGCAGAUUUUGGGCUUGCACGUGAAAUUAGAUCCAGACCUCCCUACACAGACUAUGUUUCAACACGAUGGUACAGAGCUCCUGAAGUGCUCUUGAGGUCCACUAACUACAGUUCUCCCAUUGAUAUUUGGGCUGUUGGUUGCAUCAUGGCAGAAGUUUAUACGCUCAGGCCACUCUUUCCCGGGACUAGUGAAAUUGAUACUAUUUUCAAAAUUUGCCAAGUGCUGGGAACGCCAAAAAAGAACGAUUGGCCUGAAGGCUACCAGCUUGCAGGCACCAUGCAUUUCCGGUGGCCCCAGUGUGUACCAAAUAACCUAAAGACCCUCAUCCCUAAUGCCAGCAGUGAGGCCAUCCAGCUCAUGAGAGACAUGCUGCAAUGGGACCCCAAAAAGCGGCCAACUGCCAGUCAGGCACUUCGAUAUCCUUACUUCCAAGUUGGCCAAGCCCUGGGCCCUUCUCAGUAUAUUCGGGAGCUGGGAAAGCAACAGCGAGACCUUCCUGACAAAGGCCAAAGCCACCUUAAGCCCGUUCCACCACCAGCACCCCCACCUAAAGCACAAAGUGGCCUCUCACUGAGACCAUGUCCGCAGAGCCAUUCCUCCCAAUCCCUGACCUACCCGCACAAAGCAGACUCCUCAGCGAGGGACCACUUAAAGGAAGCCAAGCCAAGCCAGGUGGUCUUCCCAGAAAUUCACAGCAAGCUUUCUCUACAGAGAACCUCCAUUGCCACAGAAGAAGCCAACUGUGAUCUCAAACCAAAGAACCAACAUAAAUGGGGCCACAUUAUUGGAACACUAAAAAGUUCUGUGGAGUGGGAUACUUUGGAAGAGAGUGAUAGGAAGUCUUCCCUCAGCAGAACUGAUUUUAAAAACAAAGGGCAGAGUGAUGAUGCUCUUUGUAGAUUUGAAAGCAUUUUGGAUCUGAAACCUUCAGCCUGCAUAGGGACGGGAAACAGCGCACCUUCCUAUCUUCAACAGGACAUGCCAACAUGCCAAGUUUCUGCAGCCAAACAACAUUACUUGAAACAUUCUAGGUAUUUACCUGGAAUAAGCCCAAGAAAUAAUUUGGUAUCGAGCUCAAGCAAAGAUUCUGCCCUACCAAAUCCAUGGCCAAGUUCUAGUUUGCCUAGAAAGACGUCAGCAACAUCAGGCGGGAUCACCAGGAUGAAUACCAAUGGCACAGGAUCAAGUGGCCUACUGGGUGCUUAUGUUCCUUCCUUUCUGAAAAAAGAAGUUGGCUCUGCUGGCCAGAGAGUGCAGUUGGCACCAAUUCUUGAUCCGUCUCCUGCAGAUUCAACUUCUCAGUACAGCUCCUUGAAGACUGUCAGACCUCAUAUUGUGAGGCCAUCAUUUAACAUGUCUAUGAAAAGCACACCAGGGUUCCUGCCGGCCCCACCUCCUGUUCAACCAGUCCAUGGAAGGAUUGACUGGUCUUCAAAAUAUGCUGCUCACCGCUGAAUUACGGGAUUGGAGCAUGCAUUCCAUGACACUGGCUAAACGUCCGUUCUCCUGUAAUAUUUCUCUUCUCCAUAUUUUCUACGACCGAGACAUUUCAGGACCUUUUAAGAGAGUUUACUUUUUAGUUGUAUGUAUUUGAAUGCAAAGUUGUGUAACUUUUGUAUUGUUCUUAUUUUAUGAUUGAGGCAUUUAUUUUCACAGGACCAAUGCACAUUUGUAUAUCAGCAUAGAAUUGUGGGGAAAAAAAAAUUUUUUUUUUUGUUCUGGGGGCUUUUUUAAAUAAUAACUUUUGAAAUUCAAAUUAUUAGAAAGAAAAGUAUUUUUUUCUUUUCUUUUUUGACCACAUUUUAUAUAAAAGAAUAAAUGUAGCAAUAAGGCAGUAUUUAAUAUAAUUAAGAUAUGGUGCAUACUGUCGUGACAUUUACCAAAUAUUCUAUAAGUUAAGUUUCUGAAUAUGGUAUGCUGGGCAAAUAACCCACUGGGUAGCUACAUUCUUUUCUAACUCCAUAACUGAAUAGCCACAGGGAUGGUACUAAGCUUCACUUUUCUGUAGUAAAAUAUGAGAUGGGCAUUUUGUUUUUACAUAACUGGGAAUUAUUAGAGCCAGUGUAUAAAAUCAGCAGAGCACAAUCUUGACCCCAAUUGUAUAAUUUUAGGAUAUAGGUGGUAAAUGUACUUUUGGCAGGGAAAGAGGCGUUUUUUAAAAUUAUAUUUUGAAUAGUAUUUGGUCAGAGUAUCAUAUCUCUGUGGAAUUCUAAAGUUACUGGUUGGUAUAAUUCACCAAAAGCAUUACAACAUGGUUCUGCUCAUUGUUAAUGGUAGUGAAAUAGUAGCGUAGUCGUGUGCUAGGACCCCAUGCCAUUUCAUACUUAACAGUAGCCUCGUUUCACAGUGAAAAUAAAUUUAUUAUAGGGAAUCCUGCUUCAGUUGCGAGCAAUAUGUUUUGUAGCAUAGUAAGUCUUGAAAACUAUUUAAAGCAAUAUUAAAUAUGACAACGCUGGGUUUGUAGAGUAAUAUAAUGAAGUAUAAAGUAUUAAAAUAAGUACCAGCGGCAGCAUCAGAGUUGAAGAUUUUUAUAUAUUCGUAGCCUACAUUUUAUUUUUCAUUUCUUAGCUUUUCUUUUGCCCAAAGGCAAUUUUGUUGCUUCACUAAAAAGUGAGUAGAAAAAAUUUAUUCCAUAUAAUUAAAAGCUUACUUUCAGGAAUAAGUUGGCAUUGCUUAUUUUUAAAGUAUUUAGAAGUAAAUUUCAUCUUUUUCAGAAAUCAACAUAGAUUUGUUUUUUUUUUGUUUUUUGUUUGGUACACCAGAAGUGGAAAUCUUGGAGCUUUGGGAUGGAAAAAGGUAAUAAAAGUUACAGUGCGUUAUUUUAAAGAAAAAAAGUCCAGGUGUUGAAGUUCAGUGGCUCUCUCUCUUCUUAUGCUGAAAAAUAUUGACGAAUUAAACUCGAUGCAUAUCAAUUCACAGAGAAGGCUGGAGGCUGCAUCUUCUCAGGGAGAAAUAAUAAUCCCAAAUAAGCAUUCCGGUUAAGUCUUGGAUGUAGCAUCCAUCUCUCUUCUAUAGUGCUGUUUUCUAGACCCCUCUGUCUGUUGCAUGCUAUUUGCUUCUUCUCUUUUUCAUAAAACAGAUAGAAAAGUUAUUUGUAUAUGUUAAGUUUUCCCUAUUAAGACGAUUAGUUCAAUAGCUAAUCAAGUAUCUGUCUUUUGUGCUGGAUCUGAAAACUCCAGAUUAAAGCUGGAAAAGAGCACUCCUUUGUUCUAACACCCUGUUGCAUACCUUCUUCCUCAUUGGUUGCAGCAGUUUUCCUCCCUGGUGCUGCUCAACUUGUGAGAAGCAACUGUAUAGCAGAACUGUAGAUAUAAAUCAAGGGUCUUCAAACUUAGCAAGCUGAAGUCUUCAACUCUCAGAGUUGCUGAGCUAACAUGACGAGGAGGAAUUCUGGGAGUUGACGUCCACAAGUCUUAAAGCUGUCAAGUGUGAAGACCUCUGAUAUAAAUCAUAAUUGUUCAAUUGCAGUUGAUUACUAAAGACAACAAUCAAUGUCAAAGACAGCAGAAGUGCCUUGGAAAAUAACAUUUCUAACAAGGCUGGUCCAAGAUUAUCCUAAGACAACGGGAUUUCCCACCCACCCCCACCCCCCAGAAACAGAUGUGCUAUAUAAAUUGAUCAGCAUUUUUGCUGAAGACAAAAAUAUGCAAACUCCCCUAGCCAUCUUCACUGAUAUUGGAUUUUAUGCUUGUUCUAUGUUGUAAAAAGAAUCUGCAGUGUCUAAAAAUAUCUCAUUGUCGAAACUGAAAUUAUCUACUGGUUACAUUUGGCCAUUAGUUCUUUUGAGAAACCACGAAAUAAUAAAAUCAUAUAGUAGAAUAUGCACAAAACAAUCUAUUCCACUAUAGGCCUCCAUAGUUCUUCUUUCUUUCUAGAAGGAAGGAACCUAGAAAGAAAAAAAAACUGAGACUUUUUAAAAAUUCUAUAAAAAAUCUGAGAUGAUUUAAGAAGUAUGCAUGCCUAAUUAGUGGUAAAAUUAGAUUUGAAUCAGAUAAAAACUUGCAAACUUGUUCGUAUACUCAUGCAGCAGAUCAGAACUUGAAAUAUAAAUACUCCCUCUAUCUUAUUUUAAAGUUAAUGCAAAUUUAUCUAUUUUUCAUUUAUUUAAACCAUCCUUAAUAUAAUUACUCAUUGUAAUACAUUCUUGGGAAGUUACUUAUGACUUAAUAAAAUUUCUGUCAACCUAUUGAGUAAUAUUUAUUCAUAUCAUUAGUUGAGGAUAUGAAAAUAAUUCUGUUAAUACUUCUGUCAGUACAAAUUUAUCAGUGUUGAAUAAAGUUACUAUAUUGCCAUCACAAAUCUACGGCUUGCAGAUCACCGCAGUCAUAGAAAGCUUUA